AUGCAAAGUCCUCACAGCUCGUUGGGGAGCAGCUUGUCUGCUGAUCAGACCCGCCACAACACCAAGAAUAGAGACACACGUCGGAACACCCUGCGGGCCGUACAACCGUCCCCACCGCCGCACGUACCGAAGCGGGCAAUGUUACCUACGUUCACACCACUGUCGACCACAGCGACGAGGGAAAGUGACAUCGGAGCAGCAGGGUAUCGUGGAGCACCGCAAGCUUCCACGCGCUUUCCCGCCGCUGAAAUGGUCACAGCAGCGCAAGAAGAACUUGCCAUGUCGCACCUGCGCACUCCAGAUUCACGUGAUAGUAGUACCCUAGACCGCCACAGACGCCAGAGCAUAGACCUGCCGCCUCAGCAGCAGCGCAACUUGUUGCAACGGGGCGUCGGGGCCGAUAUGACGCCGGAGGCUCUCUUUACCUGCAUCCGACUCAGGCCAGGCACCACGUUAGCUGAGGCGUCCGGGGUUCCCCACAACGCGAGUGUAUCGGCUGAUAGAUACCGCAACGGUAGUGUGAGUGGGCCCAGCGGGUCGAGUGGUAGAAAUGAGUCCCAACUGAGCACUGGCGACUCCUGUAGUCCCAUUACGCUGGUGGUCAACAGCGCGAGCGCAAGCCACGCCAAUACAAACACCAGCAAUGCGACGAGCGUGGGCAGCGCCUCGACCAGCGGGUCUGUGCGUUUUGACUUGACUACGUCAACGCCGUCUGCCAGGGCGGCGCCAGGCUCAGUGGCUGCGAACAACACGCAACCGAAGGCAUCGUCGAGCUCUUUGAUUGGGCAGCCAGAGGUUGUUACCUCGCCCCUAUCAGCGCCGCAUCAAGCUCUGUCAACUUCACUGAGUGGAGAGUCGCGGCGCCGCAGUAGCCACUCCCGGAAGGAUUCAUCAGCGCCUCUCUCCGCGACAACCAGCAUCUCCAUGGAAGUCCCGAGUCAACCGCGCCUCAGCCACUGCGAGAGUUCCGCGGGCUCGUGUUACACGGACAUAGGAGUGAGCAGCUCGCCCAGGCCGGUGGUCAAUCGCCGAGUACACUUCCUGUUAGAUGAGCCAGAAGGAGGUGAUCUUGCAGCCACUGACCACCUGACGUUGCCUCUGAGGAGCAGCGGUGAUACAAGAGCGCGGCUUCCGCUCUGCCUAUCAACUACGACUGUGUCGCCGACGCCAUCUGACACCGAUAAGAGGCUGGCGUCCAACGCGAACAGCAGCAGCCACACCAGGCUCUCCCUGAGCGGGUCAUCUGAAUCUUUUAGUGAGAGACCGCAGCCAGGCUUCUCCCUCGGUGGGGCGGCAAUGCGCCCGGCGGCGUCCUCACUGCCACUCCACCCAUCAGUGGCGCCGAUUUCUCAAAGUGGCGGCGCCUCGGCGCUCUCUCUGCACCUCAACAGGAAGGAAGGACGCAUCAAGGCGAUGACGGCCUUUUCCCAGGCCGAAAGCACCAGUAGCAAUGGCACGAGCGCCACCGAGGUUGGUGGUCUCUCCGUCAAUUCCGCUCCCUCCACAAUGAAGACAGCUGCGGGGAGUUGCUCAGACGCGUGGAGCGGUUUCUCUGGUACCCACGCUAGUGCCACCUACCAACCUGGCCAGCCUCUGCCUAAGCCGGCUCUGAAGCAGGUGUCUCGAUACAGUAACGACUGGAACGCCGGCGACAGUCACGCACCUUCUAAACCCCUGACAGACAGCCGCAGUCAGUGGUCGUGGUGGCGGUCUAUCCCCCCGGGAGGUGCUGACAUGACAGCAGCCGCGCCUCCUGCGCCGCCGUCCUCGAUGAGUGUAAUGCAUCGGUGCUUCACCAGCUACCUGCAGAGAGCGUUCAUUCCCCUGGAGCAGGGGCGUGGACGCGAUGCUGUGGCGCCAUCUGCAACGACAGGAAGAGCGGCGGGCACUGGUACGUCAACGACACCGUAUUCUUCAGUGCGAACCGCGGGCAGUCGCGGCGGAGGGGUUGAGCUGCUAGUGAAGUGGACGCUGGUGAGCGUGGUUGCACUGGUGUCCUUCAUGCUCAUCUUCGUUGACAUCGUCGCGGACUGA